UUUCCUGUCGCUGGCUGUCUUUGUCCCCUCAGAGACUCGAUGUGCUCUGAGAGGAGAAACAUGUCCGCCGUGGAGCUGCUGCGGGUGUCGGUACAUGACCGGAUCAGCGCUGCUGCUGAAGACUUCCUUCUACAAGUGGAGGAAGGAGGAGGAAAGGCUCGAGUCCCGGAGCUGAGAGCAAUGCUGAUCGAGCGGCUAAUGGCGGCGGGGGAUCAGAUCCUCGCUGGGCUUGAGGAAACCUUGUUAAAGUACGAGGACCAUGUGGAGCAGUCCGAGCGGGAGAUCCGCCGCCAUAGGAAGCUGUUCGAUGCCGUGAUGAAGCCCGAGGUCCGGCUGCACAGAGCAGUGUAUCCUGCAGACUUCCAGCAAGUGAUAGUGAAUAAAGAUGAUGUUCCCCCUGAGGAGCAGCAGUGGAGCCGCCUUGUGGACCAGGAGGACCCUGAGCCCCCCCACAUUAAAGAGGAACAGGAGGAGCCGUGGACCAAUCAGGAUGGACAGCAGCUUCAAGGACUGGAAGAGGCUGAUAUCAAGUUCACAUCGACUCCUGUCACUGUGAAGAGUGAAGAAGAUGAAGAGAAACUUAAAUCGUCAAAGCUUCAUCCGAGUGAGACGAAGAAGCACAGAGCGGACUGUGGAGGACCAGAACCAGCCAGGAACUCAGGUCCUGAUGGACGUUUACAACCAGGUCCUGAGGACAAGACUGAAGACUCUUCUGAGACUGAAGAGAGUGAGGAUCAUUGGAUGGAGACCAGGGAACCUCAGACUGGUUUAAAUACGAGAAAUAACAUACAGCCUCUAAGUUAUAUGGGAUGUAAGACAGAAAAAAAAUCGUUUAGUUGCUCUCAGUGUGGUAAAAGAUAUAGCUAUAAGGGAGAUCUAAAUAAACAUGUGAGGAGUCAUACAGGAGAGAAACAGUUUAGUUGCUCUGAGUGUGGUAAAAGAUUUAGCCAUAGGGGAGAUCUAAAUAGACAUAUGAGGAGUCAUACAGGAGAGAAACAGUUUAGUUGCUCAGAGUGUGGUAAACGAUUUAGCCAAAGGUGCCAUCUAAAUACACAUAUUAAGAGUCAUACAGGAGAGAAACAGUUAAGUUGCUCUGAGUGUGGUAAAAGAUUUAACCAACGUGGCCAUCUAAAUAUACAUAUGAGGAGUCAUACAGGAGAGAAACCGUUUAGUUGCUCUGAGUGUGGUAAAAGAUUUACAGAAAGUGGCAGUCUAAAUACACAUAUGAGGACUCAUACAGGAGAAAAACCGUUUAGGUGCUCUGAGUGUGGUAAGGGUUUUAGUCAUAGGUGCAAUCUAAAUUCACAUAUGAGGACUCAUACAGUAGAGAAACCGUUUAAAUGCUCUGAAUGUGGUAAAAGAUUUAUCAAAAGUGGCAGUCUAAAUACACAUAUUAGGAGUCAUACAGGAGAGAAACCGUUGAGUUGAUCUGAUUGGUGAAAGAUUAAAGAUUCAGUCCUAUUGUACGAGACAUUUGAGGAUUCAUGAAGGAGAGAAGUGACUCAGUUGCAACCUUUGCAACAAAAGACUUAUUAGGAUUCAUCAGCAGAUAUUCAUUUUAUACAUAUUCAUAGUUCAGUGUUUUAAAUAGACUUAACAGGUUUUAUGUGACCAGAAAAUAGAACUCAUUGAAUAACACGGAAGAUUUGUGUUGAUAUAUCUUGUUUCUACUGAUUUCUACAUAAUUUAUCUAUUUUUCAUAAAGUCCUUCAUGUCGUUUUAACUGCUUGAGGUAUCAUGGCCCGAAUACGGGCCAUGAUACGCCCGCCAGGUGUGUAUUUUUUAUCGAUCAGUGUCAAACAUUUAUAUUUAAAGAACUGCGGUUCUGAUACAACAUAUAGUUAGAAAGCUAAGAUUCUUCUGAUUCCACUGAUGUAAACCAUUUCAAGAUCCGAUCUCCACAGCCGGUACAAUAAACGUCUCAGUUCAGCGUCAGUCAGACCGGAAAUUAGAAAAAAGUUGUCGCCACUUACCGGAGAAUCAUCAUAUUAAUCCACAGAUAAAUAAAAUUCCAACAAAAACGGUGUUGGUACAUCGCCAAAGGUCCAGACGAUCCAAUCCACUAAUAUAAUCACUCCAUAACGCACUAUUUCAUCAAAGAAUAGCCACAGUCUGUUGUUUACACAGAGGUGCUGUCUGCUGUGCAGCCAUCACCUCCGUGUUGUACUCUCACUCUAACUAUGUGUUCAUGUAAACAAUGCUUCCCAAAUGCUGGCUAGCAGCUCCUAUUGGGUUAAGUGAGCUGUCAAUCUAAACUUAACCCAAUAGGAGCUGGCAUGGUCUGUCCACAGCCUACAAGAGCCAACGAUGCACCUCGUUGACGGACAGAGCCUGCCCAUCUUCUGACAUUAAAAGACUGAGCCAAUUGCUACCGAUUGUUAUGAUGACUGGCGUAUCGUUUAGCCAAUGAAAUUUCCAUCGUAAAAAAGUGAUGAUCCACGGGAAAAAAAUACGGAGGCCCCAUGCAAAUGACUGCGCAACAGUGUCCAGCUGGUGCCAGAGCGCCGUGCGUCCGUGUUUUGUCUCCGUCGUGACUGCUACAUGUUGCUAAAAUAUAUGAAAGAUGUUUAUUUGUAUAAAUUUUAAACCAUUUGACCGGUUUUGUCUCCUUUAUAUAAAAGUAUGUUUUUAAGUGUAAAAUUAGACUUUUUAGCCUGGUUGGUUACCAUGGUUACAAAGGGUCUGUUAGAGUCUCCAAAUGGUCUUUGUGGAAAACGCCUAGACAUGGCCUUAGGAAAAAAUCUGUCAAAUAUUCAUUUUCUGUGGUAUUGUUAUCAAAUUUUAACUCGGGCUAGUCAAGGCUUCAUGCUAGGGCCCCAUUGUGUUUUCCAGCUAGAGUCAUCAGCAGGCAUCUGUUUACCAAGAUAUUCAGGCAAAAAUAAAAACCUUCUACUUCACUGUGUGCCAACUGCUAUUACUCAAUGCCAGUAGUACUUAUAGUGAUUAUGACUGUUAAGGGGGAAAGGUCAGAAUGUUACCUCUCAAAAGAGACCAAGACCAUGCAUGUACUCUAAAUGGUUCAAGAACAGCGUUCAAUUUAAUUUGGGUGUCCUCAAACAGGCGUUUUAGGCGAAUAUCACCCGUUUCUUAAGAGGUUAAGGUUAAAGUGUGCUCCUUAAUGUGUGUUUUUAACUUGUUCAUAUGAUUAAAUACGUUUGUUUAAAACAAU